AUGGAGUCUUCUGGACUUUUGAGCAUCCUGGUGCUACCCAUCUUUCUAGUGAAUGUCCAGGGACGUGGUCUGACUGACUGGUUCUUUCCCAAGAGAUGCCCCAGAAUCCAAGAUAACUGUGAAUUCAAAGAAAGGGAUGAAUGUUCAAAGGACAAAAAAUGUCCAAGGCGUGAGAAGUGUUGCUUCUUCAGCUGCGGAAGAAAAUGCUUAAACCUCCAACAAGACAUAUGCAGUAUGCCCAAAGAACCUGGCCCCUGCCUGGCUUUUUUCCGUCGUUGGUGGUAUGAUGAGACAAAUAAUACCUGCUCCAGCUUCAUCUAUGGCGGCUGCAAAGGAAACAAUAACAACUUCCAAUCCCAAGCCAUAUGCCAGAGCACCUGCCCCCCAAAAAGGCUCUAAUUUCUGAAUGCAUAAGGAUACCUUGGAGCCACCACCAGGAUUUGGCUCAGGACCCAAGGCUCUCUCUGUGUCCCUGAUAAACACUCCAGGCUGGCUUCCACUCCUCCACUCCCAGUGUUCCAGGGCCUUAGCUCUUCCCCAGACUGAACCCUGGGAUCUCUCUCCCCUUUCUCCAUCUCAGCCUCUUUUU